CCUUCGAGAGCGCGGUUUCGGUCGCGGGGUGAUGACGGUGUGGGGCCCAGUUGUGGCGCCGACGAUGGGCGACGAGAGCGCGGCCGGGGAGACGGUGUUCCGGCGGGGCUGCGGCCAGAGUGAUGACUCAGACAUUUGGGAUGACACGGCGCUGAUCAAAGCCUACGACAAGGCAGUAACCUCGUUCAAAAAUGCCCUAAAAAAUGGUGAAUGUGUUCAGCCAUUGACCAAGGAGUACAGAGGAACUGGAACCAAACGAAAAAACAAGAGGCACAAAAAUAGGAAGAAGAGUAAUGUCCAUCCGGACAGAAAAUGGCGAGUUGGUGAUACUUGUAAUGCAGUUUGGUCAGAAGAUGGCAAUGUGUACUUGGCUACCAUUCAGUCUAUUAGUGAAAAACAAGGAACAUGUGUUGUAAUGUACACUGGUUAUGGAAAUGAGGAAGAGCAGAAUUUAUCAGACCUGGUUCCAGCUGAUGUGUCUGAAGCAGAAAAUGAGGGUCUUGAACAGAAAAAUGGGACUGGCCAACAAUCGACAGAUGAGAGUGAUGCUAUUUCACCUAUAACUAAACCUCGCCAAUCAAAUGAAGCUAAACCAAAAUCACCGAUGGAUCAAUCUUCCUGGAACCGUCGUUCUCCUCCUCAACCACCACGAAUGCCAGGAUUUAGCUUUCCUGAUGGGAAGUUUCAUGGUCCACCACCUUUUCUACCUGGAUGGCUGCCAACAGGUUCUGCGGGGCCACCGUUAAUUCCCCCUCCUCCACCAAUGAGUCCAGAUACUACAGAUGAGGACGAUGAAGCUUUAGGAAGCAUGUUAAUAGCCUGGUACAUGAGCGGCUAUCACACUGGUUAUUAUUUGGGCCUCAAGCAAGGGCGAAUGGAAGGGGGCAUGGGCAAGAGUCCUCGAUCUUAGUUUGUUAAAAUGUGAAGAUCUCUCUCCUAAGGAGAGGAGUGCAACAAUUUUGCUGUGGAUUAUGUUGAAAGUUGUCUGACUGAAGAAGCCACUAGUACAUGUAGGAGGAUCCCUUGGGUUUAGUAUGUACCUUUUUUGUAUUGAAUAGUGAAUAAAAACAACUAUUUCAAUUGCUUGUUUAUUGUUGCAAAGAAACCUUGCUGUGCUUUUCCAUUUAUUGAUACAUAACGAGAAAAUUCACCCUGAAAUUUCAAGUUUUCUUGCCAUUGUAACCCUGUAACCAAAAUUAUUAGGGCAUAGUAAAUAUCAUGAAAUGAUUGACUAUGGCUAUCUAAGUUCCCUAGCUGCAAUCCCCUGUGGAGCGUGUAUGGGGCAGUGCUUGUUGAGGGAAAGGAAAACCCCUCUAUCCCCUUCAGAUGAUCAAAGAAAUUCACGUGACAGAGACACACUUUAUCUUCAUCCCUGAUUACCCAGUCUAGAAGUUGUACGGUUUCCUCUAAACAUUUCUGUCAAAUCUGUAUAAGGUGAUGUAGUUGUUUCCAGUGUUUAUACUGACAUAGCCCCUUUGUUUCAAAGACGUCACUUGGGCUGCCUCAGUCCUAGUUAAAUAGACUACUACUUCUCAAGUCUAUACAGGUGAACAUCCUCCAGUUUGCUAAUCAUGUAGUGGAAAUCAUUAAAUUAGGAAUUGCUCUCGUGUCUAUACUUCCAAUCUUUUCCUCGGCCUCUGUUAACCACAAUAUAGUGGCAUCAAAUGUGAACACUUAGUGCACAAAAUGUUGUGGUUUAGCCAUCCAGCUAUCUUGCCAAUACUCCCUUGUGUUACCUGUAUUAAAAUAAUCUGCAACCACUGGCUGUGGAUCUCCAGAGAUCCAUAUACAUCAUGCCUAAAUCAUUCUGUUGCUCAUACACCAUAGAGAGGUGAAACUUUAGGGUAAGCACUGAAAAUAUAAACUUUGUACUUUAUAUACAGCCCAUGUAAUUUAUUAAAUGGUGAAUGUCUCCUAUCCAGUGUAAGGUCUUAGUACAAAAAUAAUUGGUAAAAGUGAAAGCCCUGAUAUUCUGGUGAAGGGUCUUCUGGCCUGAAAUGUUAACGGUUUCAGUUUUCAUAGAUACUGUCUGAGCUGCUGAGUGUUUCCAGCAUUUUCUGUUUUAAAAUCCUCAAUGCCCUGGGUUUUGCUGCUGUACAGAACCAGUGUCAUUAUUUUUGAUAUUGAAAAAAGUUAAACAUUUCCUAUAGAUAUUUUUAUGAAUAUAAUGUGAUCAGUAAAUGUCUUUCUU